GAACGAGUCCUGGGACAAGAUGGUCGUGGCGGCCGUGCCCAAGUCUGCCCCGUACUCCAGGACCCUGAGGGGUCUGCGCAGCGGCCAGACCUACGAAGUCCGGGUGCUGGUCAUUGACAAGGACAAGAAGUUUCGGGAAAGAGGAGCUCUGACCACGGAGUUUAGAACCCUUUGCGGAAGGCCCACGUCUCCGCCAAAGAACGUCAAGGUCGACAACUCCAGCACUCACAGCGUGAUAAUAACGUGGCAGAACCCUGGCCGGGAGACGUGGCUCUGCUGGAGCGCCAACGUCACCCUGGAAGUGAACGGGACCCUGGUGUCCUUCAACCUGACCGAGUCCGGGGUGAACCCCACCGACCGAUUCGUCGUGCCCACACGUCCCUUCACGCGAGUCACCGUGCGUCUACGCCUGGACACUCCGGACGGUGCUUCGAGCCAGUGGACGUGGCCGUGGACGGUCACGUCCGCCGAGGAUGCCCCCAGUGAAGUCCGGGAACUUCAAAUGACGAAGAGCUUCGCGCGGCAGGCGAGCUUCGCGUGGCUACCACCGGCCAACGCCAACGGUCUCAUCCGUGACUACGUGGUCGUCUACAAACCACUACGCCUGUUCCUCCCCUGUAGUCCCAUCGAUCAAACCGAAACCAGGCUGAUCGUGCCCGCGUCGUCGCAGCGCGUCAGCCUCGAAAAGCUUCACCCGUACACCCUGCAUCAGAUCUCCAUUCACGCGAACACCAUCAAACCUGGACCGAACGUGACGACGACUUUCACCACGGAGCAAGCCGUUCCCGAGGGCGCCCCGACGGGCCUCCAACACGCAACGGUGACCGGACUGGAGAACGUGGUCUACUGGGGCCAGGUGCCCUGCGACCUCGCCAACGGCGUCGUGAGCCGCUACUACCUGGAACUGGACAGCGCCGACCCGUGGGAGAGCGAGCUGCGGAACCAGACCACGAAAGACACGAGACUCGGCUUCAGCGACCUGCUGCCCUACACGCGCUACAGGGCCAGGGUGUACGCGGAGAACGCCGCGGGUCGCUCCAGGGUCGCCGCCGAGCUCAACUUCACCACGCUGCCGACCGCUCCCCCGGCUCCGAGCAACCUGAUGGCGUACCAGCUGUCCCAGACGAACGUGUCUCUGUCCUGGCAGCCUCCGUACCCGCCCUACGGUGUCCUGGACCGCUACCAGGUCAAGUUCUGGACGACCGACACCCGCCUCAAGCCUUCCCUGCUCGACAUCGACACGUUCCGCUGCUCCAGCGGUGACUCGAACAGGCACUGCUUCACGGUCCCCAACCUGCUGCCCGUCAGACUCUACCAUUUCUCGGUGAGGGCGUUCAACAAGGGCACAACGCAUGGCCCCUACUCGGUCGAGCUGGAGGUGGAGACCAGGGAGAUGGUGCCGGAUGCACCCGCCAGCGUCCACGGCACGGACAGGGCGGAAGACAGUCUCAGGAUUCAGUGGGACGAGCCUCUGCGAAAGAACGGAAACUUAAAGUCUUACAGGGUGAAUGUAUCUCUAGCGCAUUCAUUCAGCAGUUCGGUGAGCGCCUCCGCUCGCCCCAGGACGGUGGAUCUCCAGGACGUCACCAUGAGAGAGUACUACCUGCGCGACCUCUACCCCGGAAGUACCUACAGGGUCUGCGUGCAAGCGAGCACAAGCGCCGGUUUCGGUGACGCGGUCUGCGACAGCAUCACCACGAGGGCCGCAGCUCCCGUGGUGCUAACCGAACCAAGGGUGAACGGCAUCGUGAACAACACCGUCAGCGUAGCCCUCGAUCCUGUCGACUUCGCGAAGGGUCCCAUCACGGCAUAUUAUCUGCUUGUGGUACGAGGCACGCACGACGUGGACGGACCCGUGGUUCCGGUCAACUUCAGCGACGCCCAAAAGAUGCAGCUGGCUUACUACACGGCGGCCAUGUUCACUCCGGACGAGGUCAAGCAGCUGUCGUCCGACUUCGUGGUGGGCGCGGGCAACGUCGUCGGCGGCUUCGAGAACCCGCCGCUGAGCGACGCGACGCCGUACCGCAUCGGCCUCCUCUUGGCGAGCAGCUUCUCCGAUGAAGUCCGCUACGGAUACCGACUGUCUGAGCCUGUGGUGGUCGGCAAGACAGGAGGGGCUGCCGGGAUCGGCACCAUCCUGGUGGCGUUGCUGGUGCUUCUGGUUCUGGUGUUUGUGGCCACCGCUCUGACCUACUACUACCUCAAGAAGCGUUCUGGGGUGAUCUACAGGUCCAACUCGCAGACGAAGACGAGCCUCAAAGAUCGUCUGUCAAGGCUGUCGAAACUGGACGACAACAGCCUUUCCGAGUCCCGCAUGACCCUGAACAUGGACAACGGCGACUGCGUGAACAUGACGGCGGUUCCGAACGGGGGACUGCCCUCUAAACCAGUGCCCGUCAAGGAGCUUCAGGAGCACGUCAUCUACGCACAGGCACAGGACACGCUCAAGGACGAAUACGCGACAUCGCCAAGAGGACAGCUUCAUCCAUGGGACACUGCCAAGAAACAGGAAAAUAAAUCCAAGAAUCGAUACGGAAAUAUUCUGCCAUAUGAUCACUCGCGAGUGAUCUUGUCAAAGCUCCCCGAUGUCGACCACAGCGAUUACAUCAAUGCUAACUACGUGCCGGGAUAUAAGUGCUCACGUAAAUACAUCGCAACUCAAGGACCUAAAUCGUCCACGGUCUCCGAUUUCUGGAGGAUGGUUUGGGAAGAAGGUUGCUGCAAGGUCGUGAUGCUCACCAACCUCAAGGAACAGGAAAAGCGCGACGGUCACUUUCAGACGAAAUGCGAGAAGUACUGGCCGGACGCCAGCCAGAAGUACGGCAAGUACACGGUGACCCUGAUGAAGACGGACAUGCAGGUGGAUUUCAUCGUGCGGGAGUUCCAACUCGCUCUGGAGGACAAGUGUCGAACCGUGGUCCAGUUCCACUUCAUGACGUGGCCGGACCAUGGCGUCCCUCUGUACCCGGACGCCCUGCUGCCGUUUCUGAGAAGGAUCUGGGACUUCGAGCCCCGCGAUGACCAUCCCAUCGUGGUUCACUGCAGUGGAGGCAUUGGUAGGACAGGUACUUUGAUCCUGGUAGACAGCAUGCUGGCGCAAGCUGAAGCUGAAGGCGAAGUAAACCUGGUCAGCCAGCUUCACCAUAUGCGCCAGAACAGGAUCAACCUCGUGGAGUCGCUGGAGCAGUACGUGUUUGCGUAUAUGGCUCUGGUGGAGAUCCUCUGUUUCAAAAGCCACAAGCUCGCGGUCAAAGACUUUGUCAGCUCGUACCACAAGCUCAAGUCCAAAGCCCCGGGUUCGAAGAAAAGCAUCCUUGACCUAGAGAUGGAGGAACUGGCCAGGGCAUGCCUUCCUUCGGGCGACCAUGACUACAAGGGAGCCAUGGAUCCGAGGAACGCGUCCAAAAACCGAUCUCCAGACAUUCUUGCCGCGGACACGCGGAGACCAUUUCUGCGCCCCACAGCCGACGGAAGACAGACGGACUACAUCAACGCCGUCUACGUCGACGGCUUCAAGAGGAGGAAGGCCUACCUGGUGACACAGAUGCCACUUCCGGAAACAGUGGACGACUUCUGGCAGAUGGUGGCUGCGAGCGGCGCCAAGACCCUCGUCACGCUGGGCCCACUAGAAGACGAGACUUGUCCAGUGUUCUGGCCCAAGGCCGAAGGAAGCGUCCAGGAGUACCAGAAGGUCAGCGUGGAACUUGCCGGAUCUCAAGACCUCAAGAGCCUCAUCGUGAGGACACUCAAGGUUGCAGAGACGGGGACCACGCCACAGGUGCUGAAGCAGUUCCACCUGGACACCUGGACGCAGUCCAGGACAGUUCCCCCCUCUUGCGACCUCGUCCUCGAAGUCCUGCAGCACGUGGAUCGCUGGCAGUUGCACACUGACUCCAAGACGGUCGUCGUCCAGUGUCGGGACGGAUGCAGGGCGUCCGGGCUCUUCUGCGCAUCGGCCAUCGUCUGUGAGCAGCUCAAGCUCGAGCAAGAGCUGGACGUGUUUCGCACGGUGCAGACCAUCCGAGCCAGUCGGCCCCAGUUCAUCGUGGACUCGAACCAGUACGCCUUCUGCUACGACCUGGCGCUUGCCUUCUUGGACACCUUUGACACCUACUCGAACUUCCAGUAGAGGGCACCGUUUCCUGUCGUCGAAGCGACGCGCUUUAAAUAAACGCUCUGUUUCCAGUU